AUGGAGAUUUCUCGGCAGCAAGUUUUCAUCACAUGUGUGGAUUUUAAGAUCAAGCUGCUCACUGUUGGUGGGAAGAAGUUGAAGCUUACAAUUUGGGAUACCGCUGGACAAGAGAGGUUCAGGACCUUGACAAGCUCAUACUACAGAGGUGCUCAAGAGAUCGUUCUUGAACAGACUGCUGCCAUCCCAAUUCACAGUCCAGAGUUUUUCCAUUUUGUGGGAGACUCUUCCCAGUUGAGUAAUAUGAAGUUGUCCAUAGUAGGCAUUGUCUAUGCAGUCAGUUGGUAUUCUGCCCACAAUAUUGUACGGUACUGUGAAAUUAUUGGGAACAGGAAAGGUUAA